CCACACCUGUCUUCCAGACAACAAGAAGCUUUACAUUCAAAAACGAUUGAUUAGUUAGUCAAGCGAGGCAAUCCUCCGACACAAUGUCCGCAUCAACCCUCCGACGAUUCUUCACCCUCAACGCCCGCCUCGGCAAGCAGGCGCAAUCUUCCUCGGCCCGCCGCAGCAGCAGCGCAUUGCAGAAUGGAACCCCAUUUUUGGCGCUGAAAGCUGCUCGUGCUGGACAGAGGUGUCUCUGGACAUCAUCGAGGACCAGCGUGCUUGCACCUUUGCGCCCCAGUUUCACCUCCCAGGAGUUCAUCCGCUGGAAUAGCGGUAAGAGUGGGCAGGGGUGGAAGCAAUGGAAAUUCGAAGACAUAAACGCUUCCCUCCCCGCCGACACCCCCAACUCCCCCUCUCAAACCCCGCAAAAGAACCUAAUCCUCGUCGACGUCCGCGAACCCGCCGAACUAAAAGGCGGCAUUCUCCCCUCCGCCGUCGCCGUCCCGCUAGCCUCGCAACCAGAUGCGCUCUUCCUGUCCCCCGACGAAUUUGAAACGCGCUUUGGAUACCCGAAGCCUGGUGUGGAGGGAGAGGGGGAUAUCGUGUUUUAUUGUAAGGCGGGGGUUAGGGCGCGGGCGGCGGCGCAGUUGGCGGUGCAGGCGGGGUAUGAUGUUGAGAGGGUGGGGGUUUAUGAUGGGAGUUGGUUGGAUUGGGUUAAGAGGGGUGGGAAGGUUGAGGAGUGGGAGGGGGAGGAUUAUUGAUUUCGUCUGAGGGUUUGAGUUGAGGGGGUAGAGACUGGGUGGUGGAAUAUUGUACAUAUGCGGUUAUUAUACAUAUCAAAAUGUGAAGUGUUAAGCAAGUGUCGGCC